GUGUAUGGAAGUUGUUGAACCUGCGAAUUGAGGACGGAACAACGCUAGUUUUAACAGCUGAGUGAGAGCGAAGUAGGCAACACACCUCAGACGGACGCGGACCCUCGGUUUUGAGAGUGAGGAGCCAGAGGUGUAAAAUCUGCAUCUGCUGCUAUUUUUUUUAAAAGACCUUGAGUAAAACGGAACAACUAUAUCGAGGAACAACUAUAUCGAGCCACAUAUUUGAAACUGCGUAGAGAUAGACUUAAAUGAUGGAAGAACCUCAAAACAAUGAAGGAACUCCCAAAACAGGCAACUCCAAGCCACAGACUCCAACAGGAACAGCAGUUGCAACUCCACCAAAUAUGGCUGUGAAUCUUACUCCCACAGAAGAGGCAUUGGUGAAUGCAAAGGCCUACCUACUGAAAGCAAGCAACAAAUCAAAUCUCAAUUUAUAUGAUCACCUUAGCAGAAUUCUGACAAAGGUUUUAGAUGAGAGACCGGAGAAUGUAGUAGACCUCUUUGAGGACAUCAGCAAGAAUGUGAAGAAGUCAAAGUUCACAUCGACAUCAGACACAAUCCUAGACAAGGUAGACAAAACAGCAGAAGUUGAACUAGGAGAAACACAGAAGAUUCUCUUUGAGAGGAAUCAAGAAGAAGCUGAACAUGAUGGAGGUGAAGAUGAAGUUGAGACCCCGUUGCCAAAUCUCCCAGAGCUCAUGUAUCACUUUGAACAAGCAGGAGUUGGUGUGAGCCGAGAGGAGAUGAUGAGGAUCUACCUUGCCCUCAAGCAGCUGGUAGACAACUACCCUCUCCAGUCCUGCAGGUUCUGGGGAAAGCUCUUUGGUACCGAGAAGAACUACAUUGUCGCUGAGGUGGAAUACAGGGAAGGGGAGGAGGAAGAGGAAGAAGAGGAAGAGGAGCAUGAGACUGAGGAGCCAGAUACAGAGAAGGAUGAUGAAGAAGGAGAAGGAGAGGAGCAAGAAGAGGAUAUUCUUCCCAAGCCUGACUUCAAACCUCCUCCAGUCAUCCCUCGUGAGGAGAACAGGACAGGAACCAACAAGAAAACAUUCUUUGUCUGCAAUGAACCUGGUCAACCAUGGGUCAAGCUACCAGCUAUUACUCCUCUCCAGAUCAGUGUAGCCAGACAGAUCAAGAAGUUCUUCACUGGGCGUCUUGACCAGCAGAUUAUUAGCUACCCACCUUUCAAUGGCACAGAGGCCAACUACCUGAGGGCACAGAUUUCACGAGUCUCAGCAGGCACUCAGAUCAGUCCUCUUGGAUUCUACCAAUUUGAUGAGGAGGAGGAAGAAGAGGAGGAAGAUGGAAACCGUGAUAGCUUCAUCGAGAGUCCAGAUUUUGAGGGCAUCCCAGUAAAGGAUCUUGUAGACCCCUCCAUGGCUAACUGGGUACACCAUGUGCAACACAUCCUGCCUCAGGGUCGAUGCUCAUGGUUCAACCCAGUGCAGCAACAGGAGGAGGACUUUGAAGAUGAGGAAGACGAGGAGGAGCGGGAGGAACCAGAUGAACCUGAACCAGAGGUUGGACCUCCUCUCCUAACACCCCUCUCAGAGGAUGUUGAGAUUGAAAACAUCCCACCAUGGAGUGCUCGCCUUACCUCCUCCCUUGUGCCUCAGUAUGCCAUCGCUGUCAUCCAGUCUAACCUAUGGCCUGGUGCCUACGCCUUCGGAACAGACAAGAAAUUUGAGAACGUGUACAUUGGCUGGGGUCACAAGUACUCUCCAGACAACUACAGCCCUCCUCCCCCACCUCCAGUCCAGGAGGAGUUCCCCAGCGGACCCGAGAUCACCGAGGCAGAGGACCCCACCCCUGAGGAGGAGGCAGCCCUCAGGGCCGCCCAGCAGGAGGCCAUGGAAGCCGCGGAGGAGAUGGAGGAUGAGGAAGAGGAGGACGGAGAAGACGAUUAGGAAUGAGGGGGGCAUCUUGAGAUUGGUUUUGUGGAAGGGUUUUGGGGUAGGGAGGGGGUCGUAAGAUAGCAUGGGGCAGUUUGUAAAAGUGACCUUGUGUAUUCAAUAUCAAGCUGACAGCCUCAUGAACCCCAUCAAAAUAUAAUCAGCUGGUACUGCAAAAUCAGAAAAGAAUUAUUAAAUCCAAUCAAGGUAAAUUCUAGAGCAGCUAGAUAUUACUAUUUUACAGCCUGUCAAAUGAAAAAAGAUAUUAUUUGAUUAAACUGCACAUUCCCAGAUGUACUGUAUAUCUUGACGUUGCAUGUUUUGACUGCUCGGUUAUACACAUGUAUGCGCUUCUUUUGCAUACUCUGAACUGAAUAAGAGCAACAUCAUGCGAUGGAAAGCUUCAGAAAGAGGUACUGGCAGGUAUUUUUUUUAGGGGGGGGGGGGUAU